AUGAAAUUUUCUACCGCCACAAUUGCUGCGUUUUUGGCAUGUGCUAAGAUGGCUUUUGCCGACUCUGAGAAGUUCGGCUUCUUGGUCAUCAGAUCGGGCUCUGCUUUGCAAUAUGCGUCAGUGUACGCCCAGGACUCGAAAUUGUACUUUGGUAGUACUUCUACAAGUCUUUCCGCUGUGGUCACUGACGACGGCAAGCUGCAGCUGUCCGACAACAAAUACGCCGUUGUAAGCUCCGAUGGAUCGCUAGUGGAAGGAUCUGAAUCCGAUGCCUCGACUGGCUUUUCGAUCUCCAACGGAUACCUGGCUCACAACGGCACCGAAGGCUUCACAGCCAUUUCCUCGGGCUCCACAUACGUGGUUUCUACCAAAGAUUCUAACGGCUCGAACGAUCUGCCAGUUGCGGUAAGAGCUGCUUCUCCAUCCAACGGGUCUCCCGUGGCUGAUUUUUCUCCUAAGGGCUCUUCGUCUUCGUCGUCGUCUCCUUCUUCUGCUGCUUCUGCAGAAGCCAGUACCACCGCAGCUGCCAUUUCCCAAAUUGGUGACGGUCAAAUCCAGGCCUCUACAGGCUCUGCCACCGUGGCUCCAAUCUCUCAGAUCUCUGACGGCCAAAUUCAGGCCUCCACAGGCUCCGCUGCCCCAAAAUCAAAAUCUACCGUGGCCCCAAUCUCCCAGAUCUCUGACGGCCAAAUUCAGGCCUCCACAGGCUCAGCCGCCCCAAAGACUACAUCCACUGUAGCCCCGAUCUCGCAGAUCUCGGACGGUCAGAUUCAAGCCACCACAGGCGCCCCAGCUUCUAGCUCCGCUGCUAAGUCCACAGCUGCCGCCAUUUCUCAAAUCUCCGAUGGCCAAAUUCAGGCAGCCUCUGAUUCCAGUGGUACUGCCCAGUCCACCGCAUCUGCCGUCUCUCAAAUUUCUGACGGUCAGGUUCAAAACCCUUCGUCUGUCACUAUCCAGACGCAAUCAGUGAACGGUGCUGCUCAACAAGCUGUUGGUUUCGGUGCUGCAUUUGCCGCUGUGGCAGUUGCUCUCUUGUAA